GAUCAGCUGAUCACCUGAAAAAAUAGUGUCACAGUUUUCAAAAUCUAUACAGUUGCUUAAUAUGUAACAAUUUCCUCGUGUACGGUCUAUGUGGGAAUAAGGGAGGAACUUCAAAUGGGCUUUUAGGGUAACAGGAAAGCACGUUCUUAUGUAUGACGUCGUUGCACGUCGUAUAAAACUUCUGUUCCAAAAAGAAGGAUUUUACCAAACUGAGAGCAGGCUAGGGGAUCAUUAACAUGGCCGCUGACGCUGUGACGGAGGAAAUGGUGAGAAACAUCAUCAAACAAGAACAGUUCAGCAUCAAAGCAAAACAAGAUGAGCUCGAGGAUCGCACGGAAGUGUUAGCACACCAACAGGAGCUACUGAAAAAGGAGAACAACUCGUUGAAGGGCGAAGUUAGUCAGAUGAUGCUUGUCCUACAACAAGAAGCCAGGCGGUGGGAGAAUCUCAUAGUUGUGGGGACAGGGAGAGGGUCGACUCGUUUGAAAAGAGCAUACCGCACGACUAAGAAGAGGCACAACCCAUUCAAUGUUCCCAUGGCAUCCAACCUACACCCUGAUCUACCAAACGAAACAGACGAGGAAAACCAAAACUCCGGGGAUUCGGCUGUCACUACAGCUGAAGGCAGUGGAGACAAUCUGUACUCAUGGUGGGCCAGAAAUGUCUGUGUGCCUCUCAAGACGAAGCUUGGAAAGGCGGUAGACUCCUUUUUUCAGUAUUUCCACGUGCGGUACCAAAUGCGUCCUAAAAAUCGCAAGCGCCGGAGGAACUUUGAGAGGACCAAACGGGCAUCCUCUGAAAGAAAUUCAACUGGUUAACGGGUCCACGUUAGUAUAAUAGCUCAGUUAUGCAUACGAUGUGUUUUAACAUAUGACACAGAAGAAAAUUGAGCUAAGGACUGAAGACUAUAUCACGACUGCAGACUUGGAACAUAUUGCGUUUCGAUAUCAAAUCUUUGUGCAUUAGACGUAUAGCAUGUUCAGAAUAACAUAUUCAACAUUUUCUAAUUGUUAUUUAAUUGUAGCUAAUAUGUACUAUGAUAUGUACUAUUAUGUACGCGAGAAAAUACCAUAAUGUACUGAUUACCGCAACUAUCGUCGAUUUUUUGUCUUGGAAUCUCUUAGGCUUUGGAAAAAUACUUGUGUCUGGUUUCUCAAAGACCCAAGCAAACAUAUGCCGACCCUAGCCUGGAUUUGUUCGGCUGCUGGUAAAAAGAAUAGGAUUUGUGUCUGGGGGUUUCAUGUGUUCGGCAUAUGCAAGAUGCUAGAUAAUAAUCAACAUGAUUUUAUAGAAAUUAUAAAUGCACAAGAAAUGCAUACAAAUUCUGUUAAAAUGGGAUACUAGUAACGCAUUUCCCUAUCUUUCUUUCUUAUUGUAGCCUAGGUCACUAAAGCUGUAGUAUUAGCGUCCAUUUGACACAUUAAAACAAUUUCUUCUGUA